AUGAUACAUCUAAAGUUGGCAUUUUCACUGUGCUUGCUGCCGUUGGUCAGUUCCGUAACUGUGCUGCUAUUUUUGAUCGGUACAAAACCAUCCGAAAGGGCUACAUUUGAAUUUCUCGCUCAGCAACUCGCAGUUAGAGGACAUCAAACGAUAACAGUCAAGCAGAUUCUGAUACCGGAAGAGCCAGCGCUUGUCAAGCACAAACUGCAUCUAGUCAAGGAAAAAACACUUAAAAAUUUACUUCCCAGGGAUUUGUACCAAGCAAUCGAACAGAUUGGCGAUAACAUGCCUUGGAAAGAUUCCUAUGAAGUUGACGAGUACUUGAUUCCGUACUAUGCGGCUCACAAUUACUCAUGCUACAGAACGCUAAAUAGCGAUUUGAUGACAAACUUACGACGCGAGCAGAUUGACGUUGCGAUCGUUUAUUCCGGGAAUCCGUGCCAGCUCGCUCUGAUGCAUGUUCUCAAUAUACCAUUUAUAUAUUUUGAUGUGGACGACGCUAAACAGCGAUUUGAUGACAAACUUACGACGCGAGCAGAUUGA